AAUAAGCAAUCAAAUUUUUAUUUUUAUUUUUAUUUUUAAAUUUAUGUCCCCAAGCAGAAGCAGGUUCCCCUCCUUCUAUCCCUUACCUUACCCACAAACUGAAUCGCCGGGAAACUGGGAUUUACAGCCCCCUCAACUUUAUACAGACUUGUUGGGGAGCUAGAUGGGUCCUCUUACAUUGGCAGUGGGCUCGAAAGCCACUUCGAUGGUCUCAUCAGAUGGAUCUACUGGAAAAGUGAAAAAAUUACCAUUGGAAACAAGACGGUUUUUUGCAUCAGUUAGCACAAGAGAGGACAAGCCAUUUGAUUUUUUCCGAACUCUAUUUGAGGGUGUUAUAGCUGGAGGGACAGCUGGUGUUGUUGUGGAAACUGUGUUAUACCCAAUUGAUACAAUAAAGACACGACUGCAGGCUGCUCAUGGUGGAGGAAAAAUAAAUCUGAAAGGGCUUUAUUCUGGACUGGCUGGAAAUCUUGCUGGUGUCCUACCGGCUUCUGCAAUGUUUGUUGGUGUCUAUGAACCAACAAAGCAGAAACUGUUGAAGAUAUUUCCUGAAAAUCUUAGUGCUUUAGCUCAUCUGACUGCAGGUGCCAUUGGAGGGAUUACUGCUUCUCUUAUCCGUGUUCCAACAGAGGUAGUUAAGCAAAGGAUGCAGACUAGACAAUUUGCUUCAGCUCCAGAUGCCAUUCGUCUUAUUGUUUCUAAGGAAGGUUUCAAAGGUCUUUAUGCGGGAUACGGAUCUUUUCUAUUGCGUGACUUGCCAUUUGAUGCAAUCCAAUUCUGUAUAUACGAGCAGCUCCGGAUAGGUUAUAAGCUGGCGGCAAAGAGAGAUCUCAAUGAUCCUGAGAAUGCUAUUAUUGGUGCUUUUGCUGGUGCUUUGACUGGGGCCAUAACAACACCCCUUGAUGUGAUCAAGACUAGAUUAAUGAUUCAGGGAUCAGCAAACCAGUAUAGCGGCAUCUUUGAUUGCGUUCAGACUAUUGUCAGAGAAGAAGGGCCCCCUGCUCUAUUGAAGGGCAUCGGGCCAAGAGUGCUGUGGAUAGGCAUUGGUGGUUCAAUAUUCUUCGGGGUUCUUGAGAGUACAAAACGGUCCCUCGCCCAGAGGCGUCCUGCUGUUCAUCAUCAAAACAGAGACUCCUCAAAGCAAGACUGAACUUCUGCUAAAUUGUCUUGUGUUUGUGUUUCUAAUCUUAGGAUCUUGUGUAGGCUAUGAGAAUGGUGAGGGUUUGUAUGAAAAUUUUGUUUUGAAUGAUGUGACUCUUCACAUUAUUCCUACUACAAAGAGGUAAAUGACUCCCUUUGAGAGAGAUACAAGUCCCUUCCCCCCACUUUGAGUUCUUA